AACAGCUGGACUAAACCCACUCUGAAAGAGAGAAAGAGAGAAGGAGAAAUGGAUACAGUGGAUACAGGUGAAUCAUCUGGUCAUGUUGGGGAGACAAGGCAUCUCUCAGAGCUGAGGACCGUGCUGCUAGGAGCAGAAGAGAGUGGGAAGAGUUCAGCAGGAAACACCAUCCUGGGCAAACAGGAGUUUACACCUGGAGUAAAAACUCCAACGUGCAAGAAGGUGCAGGCUAAUGUAGCCGGGAGGCAGGUCACUGUGGUGGACACACCUGGCUGGGUCGGUUAUUUUCCUGCUGAAUUUUCUCCAGAACUGCUGAAAGACCAGAUUGCCUUCAGUGUGUCUCUGUGCCCCCCUGGGCCCCAUGCUGUCCUGCUGGUCAUUAAUUUGGGUUCAUCUUUUCAAGAAGAACACAGGAGAGCAGUGCAGGAACACCUGGAGCUUCUCAGUGACACAGUGUGGAGACACACGAUACUGCUGUUCACCUCUGGGGACUCUUUAAGGGAAAUUACCAUCGAGCAGCACAUAGAGAGAGAAGGGCAGGCCCUCCAGUGGGUCAUAAAGAAAUGUGGGAACAGGUACCAUGUUCUCAGCAGUAAGAAACGCAGUGAGGUCUCUCAGGUCUCAGAGCUGCUGGAGAUGAUAGAGAAGAUGGUGGCGGGUAAUGGUGGCCGCCAUUUUCAUAUUGAGAGGAAAGUUCUACAGGACAUGGAGGAGAAGCGGAGGAGUACAGAAAAACGAGCCAAUCGGAGAGUAAGGCACGUGUUGGAGCACAGGGAGACACUUCGAGACCUUCUUAAAGGGGGAACAAGCCGCCCCUCCGAGCUGAGGGUGGUGUUACUGGGGUGGGUGGCUGGGGGCAAGAGCUUGACAGGAAAUACCAUCCUGGGCAGAAAGGAGUUUGGAGUUUGGAAAAGAAUCAAACAGUGUGAGAAGAAGCAAGGUGAAGUCGCUGGGAGGCAGGUCACCGUGGUCAACACACCUGGCUGGUGGAAGUUUAUGCCAGCUGAGCUCACACCCAAUUGGAUAAAAGAGGAAGUACUAAAGAGUUUUACAUUGUGUCACCCUGGACCCCAUGUGAUUUUACUGGUCAUUCCUGCAGACACAUCAUUUAAAGAAGAACAAAGGAAGAUAGUUCUAGACAACAUGAAACACCUUGGAGAGAGAGUGUGGGGACACACUCUAGUGCUGUUCACCUGGGGAGAAUACCUAGGAAACAGCUCCAUCGAGCAGCACAUAGAGAGAGAAGGACACGCCCUCCAGUGGCUCAUUGAGAAAUGUGGGAACAGGUACCAUGUUCUCUGCAAUAUGAAAAAGGAGGAUCGCACCCAAGUCACAGAGCUGCUGGAGAAGAUUGAGGAGAUGGUAGCAGGUAAAACCAUCUUUCAUCUCAAGACACAAUGUGAAGUGAAGGAGGAGAUAGAAGAGAUAGACCAAGCAACCACUGGGGUUGAUCUCAGCAAAGAGAAGCAGAAAAUAACAGAACAGAUGCAAAUUAUUGAUGAACUCUGGAUGAAGAGAGAAGAGCAUCUGUUGGAGAAACUGGGUUUGGAUAAGAGAAGAGACAGUGCGGGAGAGACUCAACAGCACGAUAGAAGAAGGAGCAAAGGUCUGCAUCCUGAUAAUUUCCAAAGAAUAUUUGAAAAGGAACGCAGUAUCGAAGAGUCAGCCAUGAAGAGCAGGUCGGUUAGAGCUUUAGGGGAAGAAGAGCAGAAGAAAAGCACAGACCGCACAAUUCAGGAGACAGAGGGAAGAGCCACUGAAAAUGACCAUGUGGUUGAAAAGGAACGGCGCAGAGAAGUGUAUUCUGUGAUGCAGGAGCAGACCACCCCAUCAGAGAGAAGACGCUGCAUAGUGACUGAAGAGAGAGAGGCUGGGUGGGGCUCUGCAGGGGUGGAACUGAACGCUCAGGAGGACACAGAGGGGGAGGCACAAACAGCACCCUGGACAACAGAGCAGAGUCUUGCUUUUCUUCAUAAUGAAAUUAAACUGAUAUUUGAAAAGGAAUGGAGCAGAAAAGAAGACAUGAUCAACAAAAAGGUCAGGACAGAGGUUAAGUCCUACAUCACCCCUCCUGCUAAAGGAACUAGUAUGGAUGAUCCCUUCACUAACUUAACGGGAGUCACAUCCUCUGAGCCAGACACCUCCGAUAUUGCUACAUCUUGUAUCAAGGUGUGUGACUGGUUGAAGGAAAACCAUUCUGGGAAUUCUGCGGCUGUAUCUGGACACGAAUGUUCUGAAAUGAGCAAGAAAGCACAAAGCACAGAGACCUCUGACAUCACUGGAAGAGAUGAGGAACUGGAACACUGUGGGACUGUGACCAAUGUAAUAUAGCACCACUCCCUAUACUACAUUAACACUGACCAGUGUCAUAUACCACCGCUCUCUAUACUACAUUAACACUGACCAAUGUCAUAUACCACCACUCCCUAUACCACAUUAACAUGGGACAGUGUAAUAUAGCACCCUCCCUAUACAACAUUAAUACUGACCAGUGUAAUAUAGCACCACUCCCUACACUACAUUAACA